CGUCGAUCCCGCCCACUGCUGAUACACUCGUCCUGGUUAAAAGACGGUUAAACAGGCGCGUGUUGACAAACAAGUAACAUUUUAUUUAUUUAUUUAUGUAUUUGGGGACUUUUUCAACUCAAGUAUAAAUCUUGUAAAACAAAUUUUAGACACAUGUAAAAAUCGCCGUUGAAGGAGGAAAACAGACCCCCGUAUAAACGACUUCACUUGAGAUUGCUCGUUAGCCGGGUUACUUCUCAAAAAACACCACAGAGCUCACCUUUGCGGAUUUUGUUGUUCUUCACACUUCUUUUUUUAAUUACAAAUUUCUGAUACUUGCUGCUAUUCCAGUCUGGAAUUCAUACAUUGAACACAGCAAGAACUCCGAGAAGAGAAGCAGAAUUCGAGGCGCUGGUUGAUAAGACAGCUUCUCGCUGAUGUUGUACCUGGCAGCAUUUCCAUUUGCGGUGUUUGCACCGUAGGUUUAUCAAGUGUGCCUUAUUAAAUUAGUAUUUACAUCAACAAUGUCAGCAGGCAUCGCUUGCAGAAUUAGCGUUAACGUGCAGAAGCUCGAUUCCGGUGCCCAGCGCCUCAAUGAUCAAGUGUCUGCCCGCAGAUGUUCAAGCGCUGCUGCGCUCAGGACUUGCCACCUGCUCAAUGGCCCAGUGCUUGGAGGAACUCUUACUGAACAGCAUCGAUGCUGGAGCGUCCUGCGUGGCUGUCAGGGUGGAUAUUGAGGCAGGGAAAAUUCAAGUAGUGGAUAAUGGCCAGGGAAUGGAGAGAAGCGAUCUGGAGAAUGUGGGCAAGAGGUACUUUACAAGUAAGUGCAAUAACUUAAGAGACCUUGAAAAUCUGAAGUGUUAUGGUUUCCGGGGAGAAGCCAUUGCUAGCAUUACAAGUGUUGCCAAUGUGGUGGAAAUUUCAUCAAGGGUCAGCAGAUCUCCGUGCACUUUUGUCAGAGUUUUUAAGGAUGGGAAGCCGUUGGAUGUCUAUGAAGCACCGAACACCAGACCAAGCUCUGGCACUACUGUGACAGUAAUGAAUUUGUUUUACAACCUGCCAGUACGAAGGAAAAACACAGAUCCCGUUUUAGAGUGUGAGCGGAUGAGGCAGAAAAUGGAGGCCAUCUCGCUCAUGCAUCCUUUGGUAUCAUUUUCUUUGAAGAACAAUGACACUGGUGCUACAGUUGUCCAGCUGUCAAAGUCAGGAGAUACUUACCACAGAUUUACACAGAUAUAUGGCUUGGCAAAGGCUCAGAAGUUAGGUGAGGUGGACCAUGUUUUUAAACAGUUCGAAGUCACUGGCCAUAUAGGUCGAGAGGGGCACUACAACAGCAGCAUCCAGUUUAUGUUUGUAAAUGGAAGACUUGUUUUAAAAACAAAACUUCAUAAACUAAUCAAUUUUUUAUUAAAGAAAAUGAGUGUAAUAUGCCGACAAAAGGGUAGCCCUAAACAAGGUGCAAGUGCUAAAUCCAAGGCCAGUACAGAUCUGUUUGGGGUUUAUAUUAUUAACAUUAAAUGCCACUGUAUGGAGUAUGAUAUAUGCCUUGAGCCUGCAAAAACUUUAAUAGAGUUUAGAGAUUGGGAUUCUGUGAUGGCAUGCCUGGAGGAAGGUGUCAAAAGGUUCUUAACAAGGGAGAAUCUAAUAACAGAACUGUCAAGCACAGAUCUUACAGAGUUCAAUGAGAAACGUAAUGUCAUUGGUUCAUCAUUUCAUGCUUACCUGGCAGAUAAAGGAAAUGCAAUUUCAGAAAUAGGCAAAAGUUAUGAAAUUAAAUCCUUGGACUCUAAAGCUGUAAGACGGCCUCUGCCAAAGUCCACUGAUGUAACAUCACAGUUAACAUUGAAACCAGAGAGUCCACAAGAUGGUUGCAUGUCUGUGCCUGUUAGAAAAAAAUCAGAGUGCAGUCCUGCCCUGACAUUGGACAUGGACAAGGACAACACCAUGUCAAAGACACAAAGUUCAGAAACAAAGUCAACCAAAAAUCAGAUUGUACCAUAUAUAGCAGCAGAAGUCUCAGAAGGAAGUGUCAACUUGGGGCUUUUGGAAAAUGUGAAUGAUGAAUCAAAUAUGUGCAAUAAUAUUCCAGUGAUUAACACAAUACAACAACUAGAUACUGUCGAAAGCGUUAAAAAAAGGGUAGCUGAAAAUAGUGGCUUAUGUGAGAAAAAAGUAAACGAAUCUGAUGAUGCAAAUACAGACGUUUCCAAAGAAUAUUUCUGUUGUGACGUUGAACAACCUAUAGAGAGUGAAAUUGUCUGGUGUGAGGCAAGCAAUCCUUGUCUCUCGAGCAAAGCAAAGAGUACCAUUAGACUUUGUUCAACAGACAUUCUAAAUUGUCAAAUGUCAGAAGGCAGUGACAGCAUAGUCUGUGACACUCAGGAAAAGCAUCAUCGCCUGGGACCAACACCUGCCUGGGACAUAUUUAGAGCAAAACAGACCAGUGUGAAAGAGCAAAGGCUGCCUUCUAAGAGUGGCUCAACAUGUUCCAAGCAGCCACUGAAGGACAGUAGCCUUUCUGAAUGGCAAAAGUACUGCAGUCAGAAUGAUGAUAUAAUUAAUAAAACUGCCAGUCAAGUAAGCCAUCCAGAGUUAAAAAAAACGUUGGCAAAUUUGUCUGCAGAGGCUAAUACGAAUAUGAAAUGUCUUAGAGGAGCCAGUGAUGCAUCAGAAUGUUGUAACAUUACAAGACCCCCAAAGCUGUCUUUGCCAGUGACAACUGGUUCUUUAGAUAGAUUUAAAAUGUUUUAUGGAAAAAUGCCUGUACCUGGACUUCAGAUUCAUCAUCAAGGUAAUAACAGUGAUGCACCUCAUAGGAAGAGAGCCAGCAAAUUAGCAGAUGCAACUGGUGUAACUAGCUGCCUCACAGGCUUGAAUCAGCAUGAGAAAAUAGGUUCUGUUACUUGUGCUGUGUUGCCUGUACUAGACACUCAAAUAGACAUGUUAGGAUGCACAGGAUCUCUAGCUGCAAAGCUCUCAAGACUAAAAAGAAGUAAUAAAGCAGAUGCGACAGAAAUUGAGAAACACCAGCCUUUGAGGCUUGAUAAUGUCCCCACUGGCAGCAUUCCUCAAGAGCAUUUUGUUUCUCAACAAAACAAGGACAUUGUAGUAGCCCUUGCAUCAAACAGCUUGACAGAUAAAAUGUUUACUUCAGUAGUUGAUUCUCAAAUGGAUGUUACUCAAAGGUCCAAUCAAAACAUCCCAGAAGCUGCAGCUAAUGAAGGUUGUCAGAAUGCUCCACUAUCGGUUUUAGAAGACUGUUUUUUCUCUGAGAAUAAUGGCAAAAACAUUUCUGUUCCCAGUGAUACAGAGGGCUCUACACAGAGCCACAAUUGUGAGAACAUCAGGGGAGUUUUGUUUUGUAUGAAUAAAAAGGAGGAAUCUGGUAAUGAUUUGAAGGAUACCUUGAUAGGUGAAUCAGAAGUAAUGGCAACAUCAAGCACAACCAACUCAGACUGGAUUGAGCACUUGGACACAUCGCUGGGUAGGAUGGUUUACAUCAACAUGGUCACUGGGCUGAGCAAGUAUGAGGCACCAAUAGAAGAGGCUAAAUUUGAAUGUUCAAAGGACCUGACAACCACCAAAGUGUAUGUUGUGUCCAACAAAGGCAUCCAGUAUGAGUGCUAUCCUUUCCAAACAGAUAUUAUAAUUCCUUUUCUUCCCAAAGAAGGUCCAGAGAGAGCUAUAUGUGAAGAAGAUAGCAGAGCUAAGGCAGAUCAUCCAGAUUCUAUCCAUGCUCUAUUGUCUGAAUGGGAGAAUCCUGUGUUUCCUAGGCACCCUGAGGUUGCCGUAGAUGUCAGUUGUGGACAGGCAUCUGGUCUGGCAGUUAAGAUCCAUAACUUUCUCUUCCCUUACCGUUUUACCAAGCAAAUGAUGACUUCUGUGAAGGUUGUACAUCAAGUGGAUAGUAAGUUCAUCGCCUGCCUUUUCAAUACCAGAACUGGUUUGGAUUCAGACACAGAGGCAAACUUGUUGGUGUUAGUGGACCAGCAUGCUGCAGAUGAGCGGAUUCGCCUGGAAACGCUAAUUGCAGAUUCAUAUGAAGCUCAUACAGAUGCCUCAGGACAAAAAACACUUUGCACGUCAAGUGUGUAUCCCCCGUUAGAACUUGAUUUAUUUGAAGAGGAUCUCAGACUUCUGAGGUCAUGCCAUUCCUUUCUAAAACUCAUAGGGUUGGAUGUGUCCUUUGCUAAGACUGGAAGCUCAAGAAUAUUUGUAGGAAAAGUACCUGUGUGCUUCAUUGAAAGAGAAGCCAAUGAGCUCCGUAGAGGAAGACGGACCAUCACAAAGUCAUUAGUGGAAGAAUAUGUCAGAGAGCUGAUAGAGCUAAUUCGCUCAACUGGGCGGUUGAGAGGAACUCUGCCUUUGACAGUCCUAAAAGUAUUGGCUUCACAAGCCUGCCAUGGUGCUGUCAAAUUUAAUGAUAUAUUGACCAGAGAGGAGUGCUGUCAGUUAAUCAGAUCCCUUUCAGUCUGCCAGCUGCCCUUCCAGUGUGCUCAUGGAAGACCUUCCAUUAUUCCAUUGGCAGACCUUGACCACUUGGAGACUGAUGAACAGGAUCAACCAAUGCCUAACCUGCUAAAACUGAGACAAAAAUAUGAAGAAUGGCUACUACAUGGAAAAAAAUUUUGAGUAAGAACACACUUUUUUUUUCUUUCUUUUUUUUUUAACUUUAAGGUAUUGUUAUAACCUAAACUAAUUUAUACACUUUGAAGCAAUUAUAAGUUACAUUUUUAAAGACUUCACUGAAAUCCCCAUAUACAAAAAUGUAAGUAAAUAUCAGAAGAGCCGUUGUCUUUCAGUAAUGUAAAUAUUUAUUUAUAAUUUACACAGGCAACUUUAAAGUUCAUGGUCCUCUGGAUGGUAAAGUUCACUCAUCAACCUGUAAAUGUAUGAUGGUGCAUUACCACCAAUGUUGGAGAUGAACAACGUGAUGAGUUCUGGUGGAACGUAAUCAAAUACAGGACUAUGCACGUUUACCUUUGACAAAAUUUCACCUAAAAAUAAAAAAAUGACAUCAAAUUAGGGCAUUUUUAUUUUCAUUAUAAAACACAGCUAGAUUACAUGCAACAGAAGUGACUGCCAGAAUAUCUGAUCAUAUAAGUUGCUUUUAUUCAUGGUAGCUCACAAGAUCAGAAUAUUGUAUCAUUGUUUAAGAAUUUUUGCAAGGAUGGAGCACAGGCAUGUUAAGGGCCAUGCAGGAAGGAACUGAACCAGCAUACUUGCUCUUUAGAGUGCAGUGUCUUAGCUGUUACAUAGUAAUGUCUGGUAACUAGAACACAGUAACUGCCUAAAAGUAAGAAAUGGAUUGUAUUAAAAAAAAAAACAAAGCUUAAUUUUUAUUAUUGGAGAUGCCUUAUAAAAUUCAGAGGCUAAUUUCCUCAAUAGUGUUAUCUACAACCAAUUUCACUAAAGACAAUGGGCUAAAUGUUUGAGUUGAUCAGUUUUAAUUCCUAGUUAUGCCUGGCAAUAGAUUUACAGAAAAGGAAUAGGAAUGGAAGGGCCACUUAGCCUGUCGAUUCAGUUCUAAACUUGGCCUGACCUAAACUCCCUAGAUUAGUGAAUACCUGCUGUUAGCUAACUUCCUACUGCCAUCUCUGCUCCUACAGCCCUUUGUGCCCGGGUGUCUUAACGCUGGCCGCCUACUUACACACCACUGAGCCUUCCCCUUUAUUACAUUGCAGACAGCUGCAUCCUACACCCCCCCCCCCUUUUUUUUUAUCUAAGGAAUCGCCGUUUUUGUGUGGGAGGAAAAAAGCUUUAAAAAAUGGCAAAAUGUAUUUUUUAAAUUAACUCUCACAGCACAAACAACACAAAAACUCAGCAACUGCCAGCUGCUUCUCACCCGCAAGCAGAGGUGACGUCAGCACAUCAGUAUGUCUCCUCCUCAGCACAGGUGAAGUUGAUUUAGUACCAUCGUGACCAAAAAACUGACCAAAUUUUUUUUUUAUACUGAGCAUUAAUUUAUGCACAAUUACAAAUUGCUGUGGAUAUCAUACUGACAUACAUCACAGUACCUAUCAUAUGAUAAUGAAUACAGUAAUAUCCAGUACCAUUAAACAAUAAUGCAGAACACAAAAGGCCAGUCAGAUGCACACAAGCUUCGUCCAUUUCCUUGUGCUGCCCUUGACCUUUUUUUCUUUCAACCCUUACCAGAGUAGAAAUUAUCAGUAAACAUGACAAUACAAAUGGUGCAGUAACCAUCAUUAAUUAAUAAUAAAUCAACAAAGGAAAAUAACCCUAAAAACCUGACAAUCCCAAUUAACACCCACUUUAAACAGGAGUGUCACCCUGAGUUCCUGGAGGGCAACUGUAGGCAGCAGUGAAGUUUAGUUCUGUAUAUUCAGUAAGUUUUGCACUUGUAUGCAUAACAAGUUUAUGAAAUAUUUUACUUAUACAGUAUUUUAUUUCUACUUUUGAUGAAUUCCUUGCUUUUUCUAUUUUGUUAUAAAUUCUUGUAUGGAAGUAUGUCUGGGGCUCUGCUAGGAGAAUCACAGUGAAAGUGAAUGUCGUUUGUUUGCAGAGAUUUCCAGCACCUUUGGGUAUGGGAGUGGCAGGUGGGAUUAAGGGUUCCUAGUUAAACGCUGAUUGGUUUAUGGUACCAACACAACUUUAAUUACAGAAGUUAUUAAAAACAAAACUUGACAUGUUGCCAUUGAGAAACCCAGCACUGCCGAAUCCUGGACACACGAUAGCCAGCACACAGAAAGCACCUCAGCAAGCAGCAGACAGACAUAGAGACAGUGUGUCCUUCCUGUUACAGCAGCAUUCACGCUGGCGAGAUUAACUUGGGGUCUCUCAACAACACCUAACGUGGACUGUACUGAAUGAAUGUUUAAUAAAUGCCAACUACAAUAUU